AUGAGUUUUCUUUCUUUGUUUCACUGUUUAUUUCCGGUCAAUAAACAUGGUGCUGGCAGGCGGAAGACGUCGAAGGGGUCCAUUCUGUCCGUGCACAUCGCCAAGGAGGCCGGUCAGCUGGUGUUCUUCGUGAACAGCCCGUGGUGUCCCAAGCGCAGCAGCUGGAAAGAUGCCGGCCUAUGGCAGCUGCUAUCCAAGGCGCCGCGGUACGACUCGCCGUUCGCGAACAACAGCCUCAUGGACCGCCUGCUGGGCGAGAUCAUGGCGCUCGAGGACUCCUUCUGCAGAACACCAAGGCUAGGGAGUAGCAGCGGAGGCGGCAGUGGGGGUGGGAUCGGCAGCAGCAGUGGGCGGCACAGGAGGGUGAAGUGGAGGUCGCUGGACGCCUUUGUGCGCCGCCUGCACGCCAGGCGCAGGGCGCUCUCGCACCUGCACCCGCCCCCUCACGGCCUGUGCGGCUGCGUCACCCUUGAAGUCAGCUGGAGCGACGUGCGCGGGCUCCGAUACGAGAAUGAACUGCAGGCGGAAGCGAAUCUGGCGAUGGAGGUGACGCGAGUGGUGAAGCGCGAGUUUGACUCGUUUGACCAGGCGGUGCACGCACAUGCUCUGCGCCUCUACCCCACCACGCCCUCCCAUGGACCCAUGCCUUUGCAUGAAACCACGCCCCUACACGGGGCCAACCAUUCUCACUCCUCUGUGCCUGCUGCCAACACCCUCCUCCUCUUCCGCUUCACCCACCCGCACCUCCCGGCCGCCCUCGCUGACGUCAUCACCACCGACCAGCGACUGCUGCACCAAUUGGAAUCCGGCCUGCCCGCGUGGGCCGUUUUCCUCCAAUCCACUGCCGGCCUCUCGGCCCUCUACCGCUCCUGGAUGCGCCCGCUCGUCGCGUACGCGUGCUUUAUAGUCUCCCUCGUUACAGUGCUCAUCGGAUUCUACGACCUGUAUAAGAACAUCCCGGCCUACAGCUGCUCUGUGCUGAAGCUCGCACAGCUGCUGUCUUCACUAGUCACUUCUCACUUGUCCUUCCUCUACAGCAACGGCCUGCUGCUGUAUCGGUUCCUCUCACAAGCAUGCAGCAGCAGCAUGUGGAGAGUGUCUCAGCUGCUGUCGGCUCAGCUGUCGUUUCUGUAUUCGAGGGCUGCGCUGCUGGGCCGGCUGCUCGGGGUGCUUGUUCAACCGCUUCUGCUCCUUGCCCGUACCCUCUGGGCUGUAGGUCGAGCCAUCAUCCUGCCACUGUUCCACUUCAUCCAUCUCCUCCUCACGCCUCUCCUCUCCGCCCUCCUCUCUCUCCUCAAGCUCCCCUUACAGCUGCUCCGCCUGCUGCUGCAACUCUCCUCCUUCCUCUACUCCACCUUUUCUCACUCAUUCUCCCACUCCUUCUCCCUCUCCCUCGCCUCCUCCCUCAAAGCCCUCUCCCUUCACCUCACACACCUCUCCAACACCCUUUCUCUUCACCUUCUAUACCUCUCUAAAACCCUCGUGCAACCAAUUACAUACUCCAUAAAAGCCGUCUCUUUUACCUUCGCUUACGGCUAUAAAUCCGUGGCGAAUAGCUUCUCCUAUAUCUCCAAGGCUGUUACCUCUUCGCUGCGAUUGGUCGGUGGGGCUCGGAAGCUAGGCUCGGCAACCAAGGCUGUGGGGCAGCAGAUCUCUGCUGCAGGUUCGGCAGUCGGGCAGGUUUCCGCAGCUGCAGGUUCGGCGGUGGCUCGGUCGCCGCCCUCCUCCCUACUGCAGAUGUGGCAUAACCUCUUCCAGAAGGUGGGAUUAACAGAGGCGUUGAGAUCAAAGUUGUUGCAAUUGUCCCUCUUCAAAUUCUCAAAGAACAGCUCUUCCCUGCUGCAGAUGUGGCAUAAUUUCUUCCAGAAGUUGUUCCGAGCCAUCAUGUGGAUCUUCAAGGGCGUAGGCUCCUUCGUAGCUGCGGCUAACAGACACCGCCUCAGCACGCGGCACUAUGUGCUUUCACAGGCGCGCAAGCUGCAAGCUUGGUCUCUCCAAGCUGCUCAGCACGCCCAGGCAACAAUGCUUAAGUACGGCCGCAAGCUGCUUGCUCCCCGACGCAUUCCCUCCGCACCACCUCGAGAUAUUUCGGCUUCAGUUACUGCUGCGCCUCGAGAGAUUCUGGUGUUUGUAGAGAUCACCAGGACGAGGAGGGAGAGGAGGACGAGAUGUUUGAGGAUGCUUGGAACGAUGCAUUCAAAAAUGACUUUGAUGGAGAGGCCUGGAAUGACUAGGGUCAGAAGAUCCUCUUCACAGGCAACACAUUGCAUGAUUUUGGAUUCCAAAGGUUACAAUUCUGAAGGAAUUCUGCUGGUCGACAUCGUGCAAUCAAGCUCCCAAGCCCUAGUUUGA